GCACCGCGUACGGCGGCGGCCACUAGCGAUUCGAAGCGUGCCUAUGGUGGUGCGCCUGCGCAGAAGGAGACCACUGGGCUGCCCCGUUGCCGAAAUCAUGUUGGCUCCUGAAGCCGAGCGCGUGCUGCGCUACCUGGGCGAGGUAGAGGAGCUGGCCGAGGAGGUGCUGGCCGACAAGCAGCAGAUAGUGGACCUGGACUUGAAAAGGAACCAGAAUCGGGAAGCCCUGAGGGCCCUGCAGAGAGACCCCAGCCCGUCAGAUAAAGUGAUGGUUUGCUUUGGAAACAUGUUCAUCCAGCUUCCCCAACCACGGACAAAGGAUAUGAUUCAGAAAGAUCAGGAGCACUUGGAUGAGGAGAUAGAGAAACUACGCAAACAGCUGAAAGGGAAGGUGAACCGCCUUUUUGAAGCUCAAGGGAAACCGGAGUUGAAAGGAUUUAACCUGAAGCCCCUGAGCCAGGAGGAGAUGAGAGCCCUUAAUGUCAUCUUGAAAGGAUGAAGUUCAACAACCAAGGACCAGUGUGGGGACUUAAACCAUUGACCCCGAGAAGUCCACAGAAGAACCGCUUCACAACUAUGGCAAUGGAGUAUAUAGUAGGAACUAGCUUCAGAAAUCUAUCAGAUAGCAGUUUGCUACUAAAGACUUUUUUGUUUACAGGAUUUGGCUGCUCUAUUAAGGCCAGGAACCUACAGCCUGUUAUUAUCCACCCAGGACGCCACCAGGGUGGGCUGAAACACCAAGCCUAUUGAUGGUCCUUGGAGAAGACCCAAGAUGAGAGGCUGGGGCAGCAGCAGUGGGAGCAUUCGAAUGACUGCCACAGGCACUUCCAACAAUGUCCUGCUGUCUGGGAGUGUGCGUUUUUUCCUCUGCCUCAGACCCACAGUUUGACUAUUGUUCUAGCACUGGGGAAGGGAGUGGGAGAGAGAUUGAGAGAGCACUUCAUUCCAGCACAACCCUUCCCUUCCUUCCCCUCAGUGGAAAAAGGAUGGAGAAGAGAAACUUCGUAGGGCGAUGAUGGAGGGAUUUUAUAACAGAUCUAAAUGGAACAGCAAUGCUCAAUGGUGGUUUGUGAUAGACAGGAAACUUUGUAUAUUUGUGGUUCACCACAUAGCUCAUGCAACUAGUGCUGAAAACAGCUCACAUUUCCCAAUACAAGCUCCCCUUUUCAGUUUUCUUCGAGUUCUGAUUAUAUCAGAGACUCUUGUUAACAUCUUUGUAGAUCAGACUGAGACUUUGUCUCCUUAACCUCUCUUAGGAAGAAUUACCCAAGCAGUUGUUCCUUCAGUAAUUGCAGGGCUUAGGGGCAAUUAUCAUUAAACAUUUCCCUGCUAACACAUCCCUGUCCCUAUCAUAGAUAACUUCCCAUAGUGUCACGGAAUUUCUGAGAGCCCGUUCCUUGAGAUGGACACACCACAGGACUAUACCAAGUGAAAUUCAAAAGAGCCAUAAAAGAACUGAGCAGAAUAAAGACUCUGGGUGGAGUCCCAGUAUCUGUGA